AUGACGUCAACACUGCGGUCCUCUCUGCAGCGCGAGGCGGGCGCAGCGAGGCGUGACGUGGCCUUGCGUCCUGACUGUGAGCUGCCGCAGAACACGCACUGUGACGACACCACACACACCGAGGACAAGCACCGCAACCAGACCCGGCUCAUCGCGGCGGAUAAUCAGCAGAUCAUCCGGUCCAGUCACCUGCCGCAUACGCAGCGCGGAUCCGAACCAGACCCGCGCCCCCGCGGUUCUCCACUGGACCGGGCUAAAGCUGAUGCUGCAGCGUCGCCAUCACCCACUCCCGUGAACCCACCCGAGCUCCAGAUGGACUCCCCCAUCACGCACCACAUCAACGGCAAUGGCAGCAGCGGCACUGGCACCUUGUUGUUCCCGAACCUCCCCGCCCCGGAGCUCCAGAGCGCCGGCGGCGGCUCCUCCUCUCCCUCCCUCUCCGAUUUCGGCACUCCGUGGUCGGUCCAGACCAGCUCCUCUCCCCCGCCCCCCGCUUCCAGCUCCACCAUCGCCUCCAUCCACGCCAUCAACCACCACAUGCCCGUCACCACGGACUCUGACAGCGGCUUCUAUCCUCCAGGCCUCCCCUCCUCCUCCUCCAUCAACCCGGCCUUCUUCCACAGCUUCUCCGCGGUGUCUGCUAAUCCCUGCGCCGGGAUUAACGUGGUGCAGCAGCAGCAUCAUCAUCAGCAGCAGCAGCAGCAGCAGCAUCAGCAGAGCUUCAGUGGGUCUUUCUCUCCUCAGAUAAACGUCCCUCCUCCUCAGCAGCAGCAGAACCGCAGGUCUCCAGUCAGUCCGCAGAUUCACCCACAGCAUCAGGGCGCGUUUCUGCAGCAGAGGAACAACUACAACCAACACCAGCCCAUGAUGAAGCAGUCUCCGUGGAGCAGUCACCAGGGGAACGGCUGGGGUUCAGGUGGGAUGUCCUGGGGUCGUGACCUCCGUAGGGGCGGCGGGAUGGGUGUGCCUGGCUCUGUGGCUCACAUCUCGCCGAUGAAGAAACCGUUCUCCAGCAACGUCAUCGCUCCUCCCAAGUUCCCACGCUCCGCCGGAUCACUGGGGCCCAAAUCCUGGAUCGAGGAAAACGUGUUCCGCACGGACAGCAACAGCAACACUUUGAUGCCUCUGCAGGAUCGAACCAGAAUGUACGACAGUCUGAACAUGCACUCACUGGAGAGUUCACUGAUCGACAUCAUGAGAGCUGAGCACGAUCCAAUGAAAGCCAGGAGCUUUGGGAGACGUCGAGGCCGCUCCUCCCUCUUCCCUAUUGACGACAAUCUCCUUGACGACGGCCACGGCAACCAGGGCGUCCCGGGAGUCCUGGGCUCCCCGGGCUGUUUCCCGCACCAGAACGGCGAGCGCAUUGAGCGUUUCUCCCGGAAGGUGUUUGUGGGCGGUUUGCCGCCUGAUAUCGAUGAAGAUGAAAUCACCUCCAGUUUCCGUCGUUUUGGUCACCUGGUGGUGGACUGGCCGCACAAAGCUGAGAGCAAGUCCUAUUUCCCACCUAAAGGUUACGCCUUCCUGCUGUUCCAGGAGGAGACCUCAGUCCAGGCUCUGAUUGAAGCGUGCAUGGAGGAGGACGGGAAGCUGUACCUGUGCGUGUCCAGUCCCACCAUCAAAGACAAACCAGUGCAAAUUCGUCCGUGGAACCUGAGCGACAGUGACUUUGUGAUGGACGGGUCUCAGCCCCUCGAUCCCCGCAAAACCAUCUUUGUGGGCGGCGUCCCUCGUCCUCUGAGAGCGAUCGAGCUGGCCAUGAUCAUGGAUCGUCUCUACGGCGGAGUCUGUUACGCUGGAAUCGACACUGACCCGGAGCUCAAGUAUCCCAAGGGGGCGGGGCGAGUGGCCUUCUCCAAUCAGCAGAGUUACAUCGCCGCCAUCAGCGCCAGAUUCGUCCAACUGCAGCACGGCGACAUUGACAAGCGGGUGGAGGUGAAGCCGUACGUCCUGGACGAUCAGCUGUGCGACGAGUGUCAGGGCGCCCGCUGCGGCGGGAAGUUUGCGCCCUUCUUCUGCGCGAACGUCACCUGCCUGCAGUAUUACUGCGAGUUCUGCUGGGCUAACAUUCACUCCCGCGCCGGACGAGAGUUCCACAAACCGCUGGUGAAGGAAGGAGCCGACCGCCCGCGCCAGAUCCACUUCCGCUGGAACUAGAUCGGCGAGCUGCGUGGACACAGCAUCGCUCUGCCGCUCAUGUAGGAACCACUUCUGUAUCUCUAUAUCUUUUGUAGCAGCCAAACACCACAAGCCUCAGUUUUCACCAAACCCCCCUCACACCCUCACAUCUCAGGCUCGGACAACUCUUUGUGGUACGUUCAUCUUUUUGAACAGAUUUAAAAAAAGAAGAAAAGAAGCUUUUUUUAUCCUUAUUAUUUUUCUAUGUGAGAUUUAAAGUAGAUUCGGGAAUGUGUUUAGUUUUUUGUUGCAUGGGGGCAGCUCGUCCGUCUGUCUGUUUGCUGCUGCUAGCUUAUCCCACAGUGGUUACACUCUUGUUUGUGGGAAAACCUCGACGCUCGCCCCGAGUCGCAAACCAAAGUUAGCAACAUCUGUAGGAAGCUUCAAGAAAACAAACGCUCUUUUAUUUUAUUCUUUUCUUUUUAAAAAGCUUUAUAUUUAUUUAUUUAUUUAUUUAUUAAUUUCUGCACUCGUGCUGACUCAUCAUGUGCGUUCACACUGAACAUAAAGUUAGCUAGCUCACUUUCUGCCCCGCCCUCUUCACUAUAGACGUUGGAAGAAUCUAAGAAUAGAUGUUUUUGUUUCUCAAAAAACAAACCACUUGUGUUUACUGGUGCUAGCUAGCGCAGCAAGUAAACGUAACCAUGUGUCUGCUCACCCGGCAGGAGCUAAUGCUACAGCUAACAACCGCCAUGCUAAAACAGCUUGAAUCAGGAAAAAGAUGCAUAUUUCCUGAAGUUAUCCAGUUGCACGACGUCCUAGCUUAUUUUCUGCCCCGCCCUCUUUGUUGUUGUUUCAAACGAAACGAAAUGUAAGAUAAUUUCUCAAGACGUUGUGCUAGCGAAGCUUUUGUUUGUUUGUUAAUUUGUUUUCAUGAGCUUCUCCUCGUGUUCAGUGUGAACGCACCAGUGCAGCGACACCUCAGACUGAAUCUUCUAACUUUUCUAAUAAGCUGUUUCAGAAGCUUCUGCUGCUAUUUACACACACACACACACACAUACAGUAUAUACAGUAUAUACUGUAUAUAUAUAUAUAUUCAUAUAUUUAAUGCCAUCAUGGUAAACAAAAUGCUCUCAAACACUCAAAUCCCCCCCAGCGCCAUGGAAACGGUGAAAGUUAUGGGAUGUCGACAAGCGUGAAUGAACAAAGAGGAAGUAGUUGGUAGCAUGACCUUUGACCUCAUUACAGGGGGAAGAAAAAAAUCAGAGAAACUGAAA